UGAGUCCGAGAGCUCGACUCAUCCGUUCUGAAUUGUCUAUUCAAGAUCAUGUAUGUAUGUACCUGGCAGGUGGUGUCUGUCGGCUUCAGAUCGCAUCAGAUCGAUGUCACUGGCAGUGGCAAGAAAGGACUCUACCGUGACCAUCUACUAACCUGACGUUGUCUCAACGUAUCGGUUCUUGGGCUCCAUCCUGCAAGAACAAUCACAUCGUCGCGCUCCCUGGUUCAUAUACCCCUUAAAUUGCUUGGGUCCUAUACUGAAUUUGUAUCGAUGGCCCGAUCUGUCAUGGUCAAUAUACCGCUCGAAAUUCAUCAGGAGAUCGUUCAUGAUCUAUCGGGGAGCAUGAAGACACUAAAGGCGUGCAGUCUAGUCUGUCGCGCAUGGCUCCCGUCGACCCGAAAUCACCUCUCACUGUCCUACAUGAAACGGCGAAGCUUCGACUUCAUCGAAUUACCUCAACUAGGGCUAUCCGAUGCUCACGCAACCCUUCUCGAAGACCACAUAUUUCGUGACGGUGACGAGUGGGACUCCCGCGAACGCGAUGAACCGCCUCUCUUGUCUGCCGUUUUGCAGAAACCCGGUUCCGCUCUCAAGGAGCUUCGCUUGGGCUCUCACUAUGAGCAGAUCUUCUUGGAAUCCAUCGACAUAUCGCAGAACGCCAUGAUACAGACGCUCGGCCUCAAUGCAACCAGAACUACGGAUGCUAACGCUGUCUCGGAUGAGACUGCGGUAGACUUCGUCCCUCAAUUCCUAAGUAGUAUCCAGUCUCAGGACAUGCGCCAAGUGCAUCUUCGAUACGGCAUCUUUGACUGGUACACAAUGGAAGGCUGGUGGUUCCUGGACUGGGAAGAGGUCGACACGGCGCUCGUGUCUCUUCGGAAGCGGUGCCCCCUCAUGUCGGUCAGUUUUCACUUCACGUUCGUUCCCGCUGCAGGAUACUACAAUGUAUCCGAGGACGAGUUGUCGAGUCUGCCCGAAAUUUCUGACGAGGUAGUGAGCCGGCUGCGGUCCGAGCUCCUCGUCCGAUCUAUCGCUGCAGAAUUACCUGUUCACGUAGCAUGCCGGUUGGUCCAGGCGGACGACGUCAAAGCAGAUGGUGAAGCACAGGGCAUGUGGCUGUAGUCCGUAAAUCUGGACGCGAAGAAAAUAGAUACUCGCGCUAC